UAUGAUAUUAGUUUUUAUUGUGACAGCUGUAUUUUUGAUUAUAAUUUAUCAAAGUUGUAGAAAAGUAUUUGCAUUAAAAAUGCAAUCAGACGAUGCUAGAUAUUUAAAAAAAAAAAUUAAAUCUGGUGCUAUUGAUGUACAUCCGACCGAAAAAGCUUUAGUUGUUAAUUAUGAAUUAGAAGCUGUUAUUUUAGGUGAAUUGGGUGAUCCGAUGCAUGGUGAUAAACGGGAGUGUCAGAAAAUUAUCAGAUUAAAAAAUUUAAAUUCUAAGACAGAUUGUGCUGCAUUAGCAAAAGAUGUUAUCGAUAAAUGUAGUAUUAUUCAUCCGUCAAAAAUUGAUGAAGUUGAACGUUUGAUAUAUUAUUUAAAAACACGUAAAAAUGACGGCAAACAUUUAGGUGGUGAUUAUUUAAAUUCAAGACCAACCAGUUCACUAAACAAUUCAAAUAACGCACCAACAAUUAAUAAUAUUGACGAAUAUGUGGAUUUAUUAUAUGAAGAUAUAUCACAAAAACUAAAAGGAUCAUUACGUAUUUUAGAAAUAGCUAAAAAUCCAGAUAAUUUAGAAGAGUUAUCACGAAAUGAAGCCGCAAUCAGUGCACUUACACGUGUCUUACGUGAGGAAUGGCGUAAGAGUAUAGAUCUUAGCAUAAAUAUUGCUUGCACAUUAUUCUUUUUUUCUAAUUAUGAAGAUUUUCAUUCUGUUAUAAUUGAAUAUAAGAUUGGAUCAUUAUGUAUGUACAUAAUCGAACAAGAAUUACAAAGGUACGAACAUUGGCAAGAAGAAUUAGAAAAUUUAGCACAAGACAAAGAUAUAAUGACAACAAGCGCAACAGAAAUAAAAAAAUCAAAAAUACCAGCACCAAUGAAUCGUCCACGUAGUGGUUUAUGGUCAAUAAAUGAUCCAUUAACACAACGUGCAAAGACCGCAAGUCUAUCACAAAGUUCACGUGAGAAUAGUAUAGAUGAUUUAAAUGAAUUAAGUAACAAAGUUAAUGAUACAGAAAAAACUAAAAAACAAUUAACAUUAUUAAUGAAAAAACAAGAACAAUUAUUACGUGUUUUAUUUUAUCUUUUAUUAAAUAUUGCUGAAGAUAUUAAAAUUGAAGAGAAAAUGGCAAAGAAAAAUAUUGUUGAAAUGUUAGUAAAAACAUUAGAUCGUGAAAAUAUUGAAUUGUUAACAUUAUGUGUAACAUUCUUAAAAAAAUUAUCAAUACGUGGCUGUAAUAAAGAUGAAAUGGAUCGUUUAAAUUGUAUUGCGAAAUUAUCGAAAUUAUUGAAUUAUCAGGAUGCUGAAUUAGUGCAUGUUACAUUAAAAUUAUUAUUUAAUUUAACAUUUGAUAAGAAAAUACGUGCUAAAAUGCUACAUCAAAAUAUCGUUCCACAACUUGUUAAUUUAUUACGUGAUGAUAAACAUCAAAAUAUUGUAUUAAAAUUAUUAUACCAAUUUAGUCGAGAUCGUCGUACUAGAUCAGGAUUUACAUACACCGAAUGUGUUCAUCUUGUUACAGAUAUGGUUAUAUUAUCUCGAAACUCAACUGUGGAUAUUGAAUUAAUUGCAUUAUGUAUUAAUUUAUCAAAAGAUGAAGAGAAUGUUGAACAAUUAGUGGAUAAAAAUUUGGUUCCAGAUCUGUUAUGGCGUGCUUUAUUACAUAAAGAUCCGUUACUUAUGAAAAUGUUACGAAAUAUUUCUAAACAUUCCUUUGCUAAAGACAGCUUUUUGGAUUAUGUGGAAAAAAUUGCAGCAUGUAUUGAAGAACAAUAUUUUUCAAAUAUUGAUUUUGCAAUUGAAUCAAUUGGAAUUUUAGGUAACUUAAAUUUACCCGACAUUAAUUACGAACAAAUUUUUGUGAAAUAUAAUUUAAUUCCUUUUAUUAAAAAUGUUUUAAAAACCGCUGAAGAUGACAUAAUUUUAGACAUAAUCGUAAUGUUAGGCACUGCAAUACAAGUUGACAUCAAAUGUGCAGAACUUGUAUGUUGUCAAGAUUUAUUGACGCAAAUUGUUGAUCUUCUAAAUGCAAAACAAGUUGACGAUGAAAUUGUUCUACAAAUUGUUUAUGUAUUUUAUCAAAUACUUGCUUACGAACAAUGGCGUCCAUUUUUAAUCAAAGAAACAGAUGCUGUAGCAUAUUUAAUAGAUUUAAUGCGUGAUAAAAAUAAAAUUGUACGAAAAUGGUGCAAUUAUUGUUUAGAUUUAAUUGCAUUAUCAGAUCAAGAAUGGGCCUCACGCAUUAAAGUUGAGAAAUUCCGUGCACAUAAUUCUGAAUGGUUGGAUAUGGUUGAAAAUCAUGAUGUAGAUGCAAUGGACUUUGAAGAACCAGAUGAUGAUCUUCCACCAUUUAUUGAUGCUGAUUUUAUGAAUAAUGUUGAAUUAGGUCCAACUGGACAACGUAUUGCCUUAGAUUUGGAUAUCUUUAACACAGACAAUAAAGAUGAAAGUGGAGAAGACAAUAAGUCACCGAACAAUGAUGAAAAGAAAGAAUUCAUUCCAUACGCAACUGUCGAUACAUCUGUUUAAGCUUUGGAACCAAAUUGAUAAAAUUUUAGUCUUUUCUAAGUCAUUAAAAUAUAUUGAGAAUUAUU